AUGGCAACCCUGACAGAAUAUGUCGAGGUGCCCAAGAAACAUGUCGUCUCUGAAGCUACUCGAGAACGAGAGACAUUUAGGCAAGAAUUGGCAUUUAUUCCAGUUCCUCAAUCUCAGCUCGUCACAUGCUCAGAUGUCAUCCUCACGGCUCUCGCCCGGCUAGCCGCUUCACAAACGGGCGCAGCCAAAGCCAUGAUCUCAUUGUUUGACCAGACUCACCAGUACAUCAUUGCUGAAGCCUCUGCCACCACUCCCCUAAUUCCCAGUCUAGGAUAUGACUCUCACCAGGAGACCCUCUGGCACUGUGGAACAGCAAUUCCUCGUGCCCACAGCGCCUGCGAAAACACUUUAUGCUCCGAUGACCCUCCCGAGGCUGGACCUGAUGGAUUCAAAGCUGGCCAUCAGCUACCUGUCAUUGUUGUUGAAGAUGUCACAACUCAUCCAGAGUACUCAGCAAAACCGUACUGUCGACCUGGAGGCGCGGCGAGAUUUUACGCUGCUGUGCCGAUCCGGACUGAUCGGGGUGUCAAUAUCGGUGUUAUCUGCGUUAUUGAUACGAAGCCGGCGUUACCUUGGGGUUACCGAAUGUCAAGAAUGAUGAGAGAGCUUUCCAAGGCUGUGACUGAGCAUCUUGAGACCAUCAGUCUCAAAAGUAACCAACGAAGGAGCGAGAAAAAAGCCACGGGCUUAACAGCCUUUGUCGAGGGGGACGCACAGUCUGUACCUCCAGCGGAGCGACCGCAGGGGAACGAGAAGCGGCUCAAUGGUGAUCCCGAACCUCAAAGACCCAAGAUUGAGGAUAUACAGAGCGCCCUAGGAGAAAUGGAUAUCAAGUCAUCCACGGUAGCUUCCAGGGACCCUCAGGAAUUAACCGGUGGGCGAGCCAAGGACACGGAUGCUGUGGAACCUGCUCCUGAUGGAUUUACUGUCUUUCACGAUCCAAACCGAGUUCUUGAAACGCCACGAGAAAUAUUCUCCAAAGCCGCUCGUAUCGUCAAACAUUCGAUAGAGAUCGAUGGCUGUAUGUUUUUGAACGCAGAUAUGCUCGAGUUCUCCACCACUGGUGUUUCCAAUGAAUGGAUGGAUGAUGAUCUACAGCCCCGACGGCCGUCGACUUUCAGUUACCACGAUAGCGAAGAUACUUAUACGACUGGGUCAUCCGAAGACCGUUCGCGUCCCUCAUGCCAGGUACUUGGAUCAUCAGAGAAAACUACGUUACAAGGCCAGCGCGCCUCUAUUUCUCUUCCACAGACCCUUCUUGCCCGGAUGAUCCGACGAUAUCCCAAGGGCCACAUUUUCAACCUCGAUGCGAACGGAAAUCUACAACCUGACGAACUAUCCGACGAAUCCAACCACCGCGCUCUGCAUAAUGGACAAGAUACAUCCCACACCUCUGGCGAUGCCCACAGCAAACAGGAAAAUCGACUCCGGAUCCAGAGACGAGAAGCAAAUAUUCUCCGCGAAGCGUUCCCGGGAUCUCGCAGCGUAGCCUUUGUUCCUAUCUGGGAUCUGCGUAAGAAGCGAUGGUCCGCUGGCGGAUUUAUAUACUCUUUCAACAUCAAACGCAGCUUCACUAUUGAUCUCGACCUCAGUUAUCUCAGAGCCCUUGGCAUGCUUGCCGCGGCUGAAGCCUUCAGGCUCGAGACUUUGGCUGCAGACAAGGCCAAGACCGACGCUCUGGGUUCGCUGUCCCAUGAGCUGAGAUCGCCACUUCAUGGUGCCGUUCUGAGCGUGGAGCUGCUUAAUGAUACUGAUCUUAGCAUUCCACAACAGAAUAUCGUCCGCACGAUUGAGACGUGCUGUCGAACGCUUUCCGACACUAUUGAUCAUCUUCUCGAAUAUUCAAAGGUCAACAAGCCGCCACCUCAGGAAGGCACUCAAGGGAACCGGGCCGAUAAGUAUGGUCUUAGUAGGGCUCCGACUAUUGGCCGAAAUCCCAAUUCAUCAAGAAAGGUUGUUCAGCUCGACGUACUGGCUGAGGAAGUUUUGGAAAGUGUCUAUGCCGGUUUCAACUUUCAGCACGUUUCUCUUGCCCAAGCAGCUCAGUCGACAAAUCCACCGCUCCGACGUCCCGGCCACACAUCAAUACGUCGAAUGGAUACCAUGCAAGCAAUAGAAGAGCUCCGAACACCAGUUAAGGACCGAGGCUGCGUUGAAACAAAAAUCGGAGAUGUGGAGAUCUUUUUGGUGAUUGAUUCUCGACCAUCAUGGGGAUUUUACACACAGCCUGGACCAGUGCGCCGUAUCAUCAUGAACCUGUUUGGAAACUCGCUCAAAUACACAACCAAGGGGCUGAUCCGAGUUUCUCUGGAGCAGACAGGGGCUUUGGGGGCUGACGAUAACGAUUGCUGGGUGACAAUUACUGUCUCUGAUACGGGAGUAGGCAUCAGCGACGACUUUUUACAAAACGGACUAUUCAAGCCUUUCUCACAAGAGAAUCACUUAUCUCCCGGCACAGGCCUUGGAUUGAGCUUUGUCAAGCAGAUCACAGCACAAUUUGGUGGUCAGAUAUCGGUCAAAAGUCGAGUCGGCACGGGAACAACCGUGACAGUCAGACUGCCUAUGAAACUAGGUGAUGACUGCCACAAAGGAGUUUGCGAAGUUCGACAAAGAGAAGAAGAGUUUGAGGCGCAAACGGAUAAGCUACGUGGACUUCGCGUCAAGGUGAUCGACUUCGAAAAUAACGAAAGUGAUUCAUCGGGGACCAAGAUGGAAUCGCCUUGUCAGCUUGUGCGGAACAUGUGCAACGAGUGGCUUGGAAUGCAGGUCAACACUGGCUUCGAGACGCCAUGUCUAUUGCCUGACCUUGCCAUAUGGUCCGAGCAAGGUUUUGAAAAGCCCUAUGAUCAACAGGAUGCGAUGCCUGAUGUUCCGAAUAUCGUGCUUUGCGCGAAUGCCCUUACCGUUCACCAAUAUGCCUGUGGAACCAAGACGAUACCGCGGCCAGGGGUAUUUGAAUUUAUUUCUCAGCCGCUUGGUCCUCGGAAACUAGCAAAGGCCUGCUCACUGGCCCUUUACCGCUGGACGGUUGCACAAACAUCCAGCGACUCUCCAACCACUGCACCUAGAGAACAAGGCUCUCUUACUGUUCCCGAUAAUACCGCCUCGUCAAUCCCGCACCCCGCGUCCCCAUUCCCUCAAAGCGCCGAAGCAACACCCACACAGACCGCUCAGAGCUACUUCCGCAACCCGGAAUUUCUCCUCGUCGAUGAUAACUUCAUCAACCUGAAAAUCCUCUCCUCAUAUAUGAAAAAGCUCAAACAGCCCUACCAGACUGCCUCUGAUGGCCUUCAAGCGGUGACAGCCUACGAAGCCGAUCCAGGACGGUACACAUGCGUGCUGAUGGAUAUAUCGAUGCCUGUUAUGGACGGCUUCGAGGCUACACGUAGAAUCCGCGCUUUCGAAACACAACAGGGACUCAGGCCGGCUUUGAUAUUAGCGCUGACAGGCCUGGCUUCUGAAGAGGCACAGAGGGAGGCUGAGGUCAGUGGAUUGGAUUUGUUUCUUACAAAGCCUGUUAGACUGAAGGAGUUGGGGCCGAUUUUGAGAGCCAAGGGGGUUUUGGAGGAGGAAUCGAAUUUAGGAUAA